AACAAAAUAACAAACCGUAUCGUCAACAAUGUGACUGGAAAAAAUAACAACAAAAUUCUGCCGGUGUAAAGGCAGAAAUUCGGAAAAAUCAACGACUACGUAGAGUCAUCGGCCGGCCAGUGGGAGGAGCUCCACCAGCAAACGCCGCCUCCUUCUGGCGUCUCUCUCAUUGUUAAAAGCGUUACGUACAAUGCACAAACUCUAACCAAUUAAACUUAGCCUCUUCAAUUCUUUGAAAAAUAUACAAGAAAAAUUAAAAGAAGAAAACCUCGACCCCUGCAAUCGAGGAUCGAUUGAAAAUUGAAGGAUUGUGUUGGAUAUAUAUCAGGUAAUUACAGCUGAAAAUGAAGGCGAACUGGGAGAUUAAGGAUUGUUGUAACCACGAUCAAGUCAUCUUCCUUGUCACCAUUGGUGUUUAUACCGUCUUCAUUUUUAUCCUAUGGAGAACAUUUAUUAUAACACCUUUCAAGCUCAUCACUGUGUUUCUUCAUGAACUAAGCCAUGCAAUUGCUUGUAAGCUCACAUGUGGUGAGGUGGUGGGCAUAGAAGUUCAUGCCAAUGAGGGGGGAGUGACACAGACCCGUGGAGGUGUUUCUUGGCUUAUCUUGCCUGCUGGAUAUCUGGGUUCGUCUUUUUGGGGAAUGGUUCUCAUACUUGCGUCGACAUAUGUUCUCACAGCAAUGAUAGCUGCUGGUUGUUUUAUUGCCGCUUUGCUUAUCGUGUUCUUCCUUGCAAAAAAUUGGACACUUCGAGGACUUUGCAUUGGAUUUAUCAUUUUCAUUGGUGGAAUUUGGGCUCUGCAAAUACAAACGGAAGUACGUAUGCUUCGUUACGUAAUUCUCUUCAUAGGUGUUAUGAACAGCUUGUUUUCAGUAUAUGAUAUCUAUGAUGAUUUAAUAUCUCGAAGAGUGAACACAAGUGAUGCUGAGAAAUUUGCUGAACUUUGUCCGUGCUGUUGUGCUGGUAUUUUUUGGGGAGUUCUCUGGGGAAUGAUCUCAUUUGUUUUUCUUUGUGGAGCUAUGUACCUUGGACUUGUCCUUUUAUCUUGAGGUUCCUUCUGAUGGGUUAAGGUCCUUAUAAUAUGGCAGAGCAAACUUGUCGUCUCAUCAUUCUUUUUAUUCUUUAAAUGGCUGUUGUAUAGUAUUCAUCAACCUUAGAUGUGACGUUCAGUUUUGUCCAGGGGUGCACUCUUAUCAUAAUCCUGGCCGCAUUUGUUUUAUCCUUCUUAGAUGGGAUUAGUACAGUUAUGACUUACUUUUGUAUAGCAAAAUCAAAUACCAUCUUCUAGUUCAGCUGGUUCCUAGCCUGGACUGGGGAAAUAGAAAUUGUUUAGAGCCUAUCAAUUUUGGUUUUACUAUAGAUCAGUUUUGCAGUUUAAAGUGGAUUUUUGAUGCCUGAACAGGACUUGCAGCUCCUGUGUUUUAUUUUUGAGCAAUUCACACAUAAUUCAAUUACUUA